AAAUAUCAACACAAUAAAUCAACGCUCCUUAAAAAAAAGAGGAAAAACUCUUUGUAUUGUACUAAGUAGAUCAAAGAAAGAGUAAACAAAAAUGGAAUCGCAAUUGCAGCGCCCUUCGCAUGACCAUCGUCGCUUCGGACAAGAUCCACAGCACGCUGGGCUACAUUCUGUGAUUGAGGGUGAAGGUGAGGAGCAGCAGCAUGAGCACAAGUCGGUGCUGAAAAAGGUGAAGGAUAAGGCCAAGAAAAUCAAGGAUAAAAUCUCCAAACACCAACACCAACAAGGUGAUGAAGAUAUAUAUGAAGAAGAUAAUGAUGAAGAUGAAGAAGAAGAAGUUGUAAAUGAUCCUGAAUUCCAUGGUGCCCCAAUGUAUGAAACCACUGUUAUAAGGAGCAUUGAUGUACCACCUAAGACCAACUCUGAUAAAGCUGGACAUGUCAAGACAGGCCCAAUGGCAACUGAACCAAGAGACCCAAUAGUCGUUGAAAAGCCCAGGCCCAUUAAGCAUGAUGAAGAAGAAUCAAAGUUGAAAAUUGGGCCUCCAAUGGGGUUGGAGGAGGAUCCUCACUCCCCAUACAACACCCCACAAGCAUCCAACUACCAAUCCAAAGUCUCGGACCCAACUGCUUCUGGUGGGAAUGAAGCCGAUGUUUCUCCACUUGUGAGGCAGUUGGGCAAGAUGAACGUAGAUGAGAGACCCGACUCAGAGAAGAGCACCCAAGAAAAAACCCAAGUCCCGACUGCAGACACUAUUGGCGGGAAAAUAUCCGAGUAUGCAGAGAAGGUGGCGGAGACACUGGACCCGGUUUAUCAGAAGCUGAGGCCAGGGGACGACCACACAGCCGAGAAAAAGGAGAGCUCGGGAGAGGGAGUGAUUGAGAGGGUGAAGGAUGCAGUGGGGUCGUGGCUCGGGAAGCCCCAGGACUCGGCUUACUGUCAGUAUUCCACAUAUUUUUUUUUUCCUUUUCUUUUUUGCAGAUUUUAUUGCCUGUCAGCGGUUCGAGCAAAGAAGAAGGCUGUGAAGGAAAGUGUUGAAGUGGGAUUGCUUAAGAUG